CAAACGCAGUCUGCGCUCAGUUUCGGAACGAAUCUAGUCGUCGCUGAUCGGUGAACAAAGCAACAAUAGAACUGUCCAUGGCCAAUCGUGUCGCCCUCGCGUGAACUGUGCAACUUUGGUGUGUUUUGUGCAUUCUAACAUUGAUGGGGAUAACGGAAGACAGGGCUUGCCACUGCAAAGCUGAUUCAAAGAAGGAGGAUAGCGUGUUCGCGCCCUUAAAGAGCAAAAUGAAGGUCCUGAAGAAGAUCAAGCGCCGCAUGGGACUAGCCUCCAGGUCUUCUUCCAACGGUGGGGGUACCAACAAUCUUCCCCCCCUCUUGUUCCACAAUGUCCACGGAGAGAACAUCAGGAUAUCCAGAGACGGUACCGUCGCCAAACGCGUGGAAAGCUUCUGCAAGGGCAUCGCGUUCAGCUCGCGCCCCGUCAAAAUCAACGAAAAGGUUUGCAUCAAGUUUUUGGAGAUAUCCAACAACUGGUCCGGGGUGAUAAGGUUCGGUUUCACCUACAACGACCCCACCAGCCUGCGGUACGGCCUUCCAAAGUACGCUUGUCCCGACCUCACGAACAAGCCCGGCUACUGGGCCAAAGCCCUCCCCGAGAGAUUCUGCAGCCAGGGCACCAUCUUGUUCUACUACGUCACCUCCACGGGAGACGUACAUUUCGGCAUCAACGGCGAGGAGAAGGGGAUAUUUUUCAGUAGCGUCGAAACGCGCGGACCCUUGUGGUGUUUAAUAGACGUUUACGGUAACUCCACGGCCAUAGAAUUCGUCGAUAUCCGGCACCAGCUCAACAAUUCUUCCUCGACGAGGUGCGGUGGCACCCACGCCUACGAGAUCGUCGCUCCUAGAGCCGACCCCGUGGAGAGGAUCACGUAUCCCAUGCAGCAGAUGACGAUCCAACAAGCGGCGCCUAGAGAACCUGAGGAGAUGACGUUACCGUUGCUGAGAUACCAACCGUCCCAUCUCAACUACCAAGCGGUGCCUUUCCACAGGACCAGGGGCAGGAAUGUUAGGUUCAUGAGCAGCAACCGAAGCGUAGGGUUUAGAACGGAUUCCGAGUUUUGCCAAGGAUACGUGUUCACUUCAAGGCCCCUGCAAAUAGGCGAAAGGAUAGUGGUGCAAAUCCUGGCUACGGAACCGAUGUUCCAAGGCUGUCUGGGUCUAGGUCUCACCUCUUGCGACCCCUCCACUUUGACUCAGAACGACCUACCCGAUGAUUCGAACUUCUUGCUGGACAGGCCCGAGUAUUGGGUCCUGAGCAGGGAUUUCGCCAGAAACCUGAACAAGGGGGACGAAAUAAGCUUCUGCAUAUCACAAAUCGGAGAGGUACAGAUAAGCAGGAACGGCGGCGCACCCCUGGUGGUCAUCCACGUAGACCAAACCUUGAGGUUGUGGGCGUUCUUCGACAUCUACGGCUCCACGCAGCGCAUCCGCGUGCUCAGCUGCCCCAGCCCCGUAUCUCCCGCCAGGAACCCCGAGAGGAGGAUAAUCACCCCGACGGCCAGCGAGUCCAUCAACAGUAUUAACAGUCAGUCGGAGAUCCGUCGCAACUCCGCCAUGCAGCAGUCCGCCAACUCCAGACUGUGCUGUGUCGCGCCGGCGGACAUACAGGUGCAACCCAGCGCGAAUGGGGGUACCGUCCUGUCCGUUAUCCUGCCUCCUACCCAUGCCAGUAUCAUAAACGCCCCGGCGGCACCGCUGCCGGUCAACCACCACCACCACAGUUCGCAGAACUCGGUAAGCAGUCAUCCUAGUCAACAUAUCGGUCAUCCGGGACACUCCAACCAUUCGCCCUCGCCUAUUUCGCCUGUUGCCGGGACCGUCAUGGCACCCGUGCCCACCUCCUCUGCCGUACCCAGUGGAACUAUGAUGUCUACCUGCAGCAGUAACUAUGUAGAGCCCAUAUCGGACUCGAGCUCGUAUUCGACACCGCUCUCAUGGGCCGAACAAAACGGCGCGACCCUGACUGCCGGGGCCGAGUGCACGAUCUGCUACGAGAACCCCAUAGACGCAGUGCUGUACAUGUGCGGGCAUAUGUGUAUGUGCUACAACUGCGCGCUGCAGCAGUGGCGGGGCAAGGGGGGCGGACACUGCCCCCUGUGCAGGGCGGUGAUCAGGGACGUCAUCCGCACGUACAAGUCGUAGGAGCCGCCGGAUGAAUCUUAGUUAUUACGAGUGCUUCCAAAUUUGCCCACGAUGAACUGGAAACUGCCUAAAGCCAGAUCAGAUUGCGUUCUCGCGUUUCUUUGAACAAAAAAGACUGAGUAUUCGUUAAAAUGAUGAAUAGUAUAUUUUUUGUCAAGUUUGUUACUAGCGUUAUUUUUUAAUUGUUUUAGACAAAUAAUACAACCAAAGAGCCGUGGGUCGUGUGAUUGGCGGUUUACCACGGCGCUUAACGACAGAGAAUUAGUCAUUCUGUUGUUUUUUUUUUCCACAAAAAUCAGUGGAUAGUCAACCUGUCAGGAGGCAGUUUAAACUUAUUUAUUUAUUUUUAUUCGUAAGGAAGCUGUGGCUAUAAUAUUAGAAAGAAAACUUCCCCAGAUUCUCUAGUGAAAAAAAAAACAAAAAAAAAACGAUACGAUCUAGAUUUUCUUAUAACGUCACCAGAGAAUGCGAGGAACUGACGGUAUUUAACGUUAUUAUUGAAAACACAAAAAUAUUGUUACUGUUUAACUUACAUUAUUAUUUUGUGUAAAACGUAUUUUUAAUAAUACAUUCCUGAAAUUUGGCGGCCAGUGUUCAACCGAUUACUCUGAACUACGCCUGUGGCUGCUGCGGGGGAGUAAAAAUUUUUGUAUAUUAGAAUUUUCUAGUCAUAUAAGAAUGUACUGAUUUAGUUCGACGAGUUAGUUCAAUUACUAUAUUAUCAAAACCAAUAAAAUGUUAUCUAUUACGAAUUAA